AUGUCCAUGAUUAAGCUAGGUAAGUUUGAUGACGCCAAAAAGUUACUCCAACGCCUUCAUGGCACCAACGACGGCGUUCAUAUACUGUUUAAAGAUUUAUUAGCCGCCAACGAAGCAUCAAAGUCGGCAAAAGGAUCUGAGAAGCAAAUUAUGUCUCACACACAUAACAGGCCCUACCGUUUGACGGCAAUAGCUCUCCCCUUGUUCCAACAGCUCACAGGAGUGAAUGUAAUGGUUUUAUAUGCUCCAUACCUUUUUCAGAUUGUAGGAUUUCAAACGAGCGCAGCUCUAACAUAUACUGCCAUCUUUGGAGCGGUCAAUGUUGCUGCAAGCAUCAUCGGUAUAAUCUCGGUCAGUCAAGGUUACAGAAGGUUUUUCCUCAUAGCUGGAGGAGUUCAAUUAUUUGUUGGUCAGAUCAUGUUGGGGAUUCUGGUAUGGAUCAAAUUAGGAGGUUCCGAUGUGUAUGACUACUUGAUUAUAGCCACCAGUUGUAUCUGUGUUUCAGGAUUUGCAUGGUCAUGGGGUCCUUUAGGAUGGAUUUUUCUCUCCAGUGAAGAUGAUAUGUUACUGUUAUACCCGUUGGAGGGUCGGUCAUGCUGCUAG